GUUGCGCCAAAGGCGCGAACACUAUCAACAAAGAUCACAAUUUAUAUCUCUAAACUAUUACGAUUAAAUUGUUUUAAAAUGUAUGUCAGUUAGUUAAACCCAUAUCUCGGGACUGUUGGUUGGACUUUUGUUUUAAGAUAACAUGAGCAGUGGUAGUUUUUGGAUGUUUUUAUGUUGUAACUGAGCUACAUGCAGGUUUGAACGUUAGCUCGCAAGUUUAUGUUGCGCAGCUAACAUACAGUCAGUGUAGGCUUUCUAAAAAGUGACAGCAGACUUCACAAGCUUCAACUCGCUGAGAAGCCGCACUAAGGUAAAACUAGCUCCAUGUGACUAAUCGGAGUUUAUACUGAUUCCCGUCGGAAUACACAGACUGUCUUUACUGGCGCUCUUGAGCUCUUCUAUUAAAGGGUCACCAUGUCUAAGGCAGAAAAAGAAGCCUUCAUUGUGAAGUUUGUGGAAAGUGAAGGAUCAAAAAAGGACUGUGCUGCCAAAGCUUAUGAGGCCAUUUUGGAGCUGCAGUCUGAAAAAUAUUUGAAAACCAUCACAGAAGAUGAUGUUUUGCGCAUGGAUAAGAAGGACAAGUCUCUGUUUGUGUUCACCAGUUUUACAUCUCCAGCCUUUCUUCACUGCAAGAAGCUUGGUUGCAGAAUAGUGAGUCCACUGGUGGUGUUGUACUGCCUGCAGCAACAGCGUUGUGUCCCCAAAGCAGAGAAGCCUGUCUAUAACAUGGCCAUGGCUGAUGUUACCAUUUGCUGCACCAGCAUGGACAGAGCAAUACGGGAAGAGCUGAUGGAUCUGGUGCAGCUCAUGGGUGGACGGGCCUAUUCGGAUCUAAACGUAUCUGUUACACACCUGAUUGCAGAAGAGGUGGGCAGCAAAAAAUACCUGGUAGCAGCCAGCCUCGGUAAACCCAUCCUGUUGCCUACGUGGGUCAAAGCCUGCUGGGAGAAAUCACAGGAUAGUCUUUUCAGAUAUACAGACCUGCCCUUAGAGGACUACCUUUGCCCUGUGCUGCGUGGCUGUAGUGUUUGUGUGACAGGUCUGUCCAGCACAGAGCGCAAAGAAGUACAAAGACUUUGUGAGCAGCAUGGGGCCAACUACACCGGUCAGCUCAAAAUGAAUGAGUGUACACACCUCAUUGUUAAUGAACCAACAGGUCAGAAGUACGAGUGUGCUCGGAAGUGGAAUGUGUAUUGCGUGUCUUUGCACUGGCUCUUUGACAGCAUAGAGAAGGGGUACUGUCAAGAUGAGAGCAGGUACACUGUGGAGCGCAAUACCUCAAAAACCACUCGGCCACACACUUCUACACCUACUGGUACCAGUAAGAAGGACGAGGGUCCAUCACUGUUGGGCUUGAGCAACAUUUCUGUGAACACUAGCAGGACAAUAAACGACACGGCUCUCACCAAUAACAGCACUGUCAGCCACCUGGAAGCUCCAGACCCCAUAGAGAGUCUGGAUCUUACCGUGUGCCCUGCUGAUGAUUUAUUGGAUGGCUGUAAGCUGUAUCUGUGUGGCCUGCCAGGGAAGAAACUGGAGAAGUUACGGCGUCUUGUAAAUGCUGCAGGAGGUCUGCGCUUCAACCAACCCAGUGAGGAGCUCUCUCAUGUGGUCAUGGGCGAGCUGGACCAGGACCUCAAUAAUUUUCUUUCCAAAGCAACUCACAGGCCCCAUGUAGUAACAGUAAAGUGGCUAAUAGACAGCUUCUCAAAGGGCACUCUGCUCCCAGAAGCCAGCUACCUCCACCCUGACUGUCUGCCUCCUGCUCCAGCUGAUGUAGUGGUGCCGGGUUACCACACUCCCAAAUCCCGGAUCUCAACUGGUCCACCUGCUGGCAGCCCGAGCACUCCGGGGGGAAAGAAAGCAGACGAGGAUCUACUGUCACAGUACAUGGAUGAUGACCCUACAGUGAUUGAUAUGCCGCCUCCACCACCAGCAGAGAGUAAAAGCAGGAAGUCCAUUAGUACAACUGCAGAGCCCCAACCUGAACCCUGUGUACCAAACCACACUAAUGGGACAGAAUCCACCCUGCAGGAAGCCAGCGAGGCAGGACUGUUUUUUGGGAAACGUUUCCUUCUUGUGGGGUUUGGUACGGAGGCCGAGGCACAGCUCUCUCUGCUGGUGACAGAACAUGGAGGCAAAGUGCUGAUGGGCCGCUCCCGGGUUGUAGCAGACUAUGCUGUGGUCCCUCUCUUGGGGUGCUCAGUGGAGGCCACAGUGGAAGAGGUGGUCACUGAUACCUGGCUGGUCAUGUGUGUGGAGAAGGAGUGUGUCCUGCAGCUGUCCUCCCACCCUUUGUUCACUCCUGUCCCAGUGAUGGACGGACAGUUUCCUCUCAAAGAUUGCGUCCUCUCUGUCAGCCAGUUCACCGGAGCAGAGAGGGAGUCUUUGGUGGAGCUUGCCAAGCACCUUGGAGCCGACGUCCAGGAUUAUUUUGUGCGCCUGGCCAACCAGAAGAAAGGCAUGCUGGCCAGCACUCAUCUGGUGCUGCAGAGCCCCGAGGGCACAAAGUACCAGGCAGCAAAGAAGUGGGGGCUUCCUGCUGUUACCAUGCACUGGAUACUAGAGUCUGCUCGAACUGGGAAGAGAGCAGAGGAGGGAAGAUUUUUAGUUGAUCUGCCACCCUCACCAGAGAGGGAUGAAGAGAGUUUUGUAGGUGGUUCGCAGAAACAGAUUAUGCCUCCACCAACUCGCUCCUCUCCAGAAAUCCCUUUGUUGGGUCCCCGGAGCGGUAAGGCUGUCACUCCUCUGGAUUUAGGCCGCUUUCAGAGCAAAGUGUUUCGAUCUGUUUUGGAUGAGAUGAAGCCCAAAGAGGACAUCAGCACCCCAAAACAAAACCAGGAGGGUGGCAGAAGGAACCCACUACAGAACGAGGCCUCCCUGCAGUUGGACACCCCUUCUCGUUUCCUCAACCGAGACCAGCUCUUCAGGCCCUCUUUUAAUGUCAAGGAUGCACUUGGAGCUAUGGAAACUCCGGGUGGGGCAUCGAAACCAGGGGAGAGGAUUGAGACUCCACUCACUGAUGUCAUCAACAGGAACCUCAAAGUAGCGCUGGCUAAUAGCACCCGCAAUAAUGUCUCAGAGAUGCAAGCAGUCUCUGCCAGUCCCCAGCUUGCAAAGACAGCUGAGAAGGAGAGUCCACGAAAAGAAGCCGGGCCCCUGAAUGGUGUUGUGAUCUGCGUGGGAAAGAAACUGAGCAAAAUGCAGAGUGAACUAAACGCCAUCGCUGCCUCGCUUGGAGCCGACUUCAGGUGGGCUUGUGACGACACAGUAACACACUACAUUUACCAGGGCCGUGUGGGGGACAACACCCGGGAAUACAGAGGAGUGAAGGAGAGAGGGCUCCAUGUGGUCUCCCAGUACUGGUUGCAGGCGUGCGCUGAUGAGCAAAGGCACGUCCCGGAGUCUCUCUAUCCUUUCACCUACAACCCUAAGAUGAGUUUAAACCUGAGCCAGGUGCCCAGCAACUCUCAGAGGUCACCACCUUUAACACGAACACAACGCAAAGACAUCAGGGAGACAAAGGAAGACGAGUUUGUGCACAAUCCCACAGAAGAAGCUGCAACCCAACGCCGUGUGAGUGAUGGAAGCACAGACCAAGAAGAGAUGAAUGAUAGCACAGAAAGGAGGGAAACGCUAGAGAUGAGAGAAAACCUGCAAAGACAACUGCAGGAGAUCAUGUCAGCCACUAAACUGACGACAGGGAGGCGUACCUCAGUCAGGCUCGCUAGGAUGGGAUCCGGAGGGGCAGACUCGGGCCCCCACACACCCGAAGGGAGCAGAGUUGGACGGAGCGGUAACAGACGGACUCUUGAAGCUCUGAGGGUUCCUCGAGAAGCGGCUAUGGACAUGAACACAGAGCCAUCCCAGAGUGAACAGAUAGUUUGGGACGACCCCACAGCCAGAGAAGAGAGGGCCAAGCUCGCUGAUAAUUUACAGUGGCCUGGAAGCCCAUCGCAGCACUCUGAGCCCCUCGCUCCUCCUCCAACUGCAGACAGCGGACCACAGCUAAGGGACUCCAUGACGGACUCAGAGCUGGUGGAGAUGGCUGCUUGUGACGUCAUUGACCAGCACAUGAACAAGAAAGUCCUGACGCCUCCUCCCGAGGAGCCAGAGAAUGACAUCCUCACUCCUAAAGCUCCCAGCAUUGCCUUUCCUCUCGCCAACCCCGCAGUAGCACCAGAACCACAGGAGAAGAAGAAGGAAGAAAAACAGCCACCCAGAUUUCAGCUGUCCUCCCUCAGCCCCCAGGAGCGCAUUGAUUACAGUCACCUCAUAGAGGAGCUUGGUGGUGUAGUCUUGGAUAAGCAGUCUUUUGACCCCAGCUGCACACACAUCAUCGUCGGGACACCCCUGCGUAAUGAGAAGUACCUGGCAGCGAUGGCAGCUGGGAAAUGGAUCCUGCACCGCUCGUACCUGGAGGCGUGCCGCUCUGUGGGUCUCUUCAUUCAGGAGGAGGAGUUUGAGUGGGGCAAUAGCUCCAUCCUUGACGCAUUGCCCUCCAUCACCUCCCAACAAAAGAGAUUAGCGUUAGCCGCCAUGCGCUGGAGAAAAAGCCUGCAGGGACACUCUGAACACGAGGGCGCCUUCAGUGGAUGGACAGUCAUGCUGAACAUCGACCAUAGCAGAGAAUCGGGAUUCAGGCGGUUGCUGCAGUCUGGCGGGGCGAAGGUCCUUCCUGGUCCCUCCCCAUCCCUUUACAAAGAGGCCACACAUCUUUUUGCAGACUUCAGUCGACUCAAACCCGGAGACUUCAGAGUUGAUGUUUCAGAGGCUACCUCACAAGGAGUCACAUGCCUGAAGCCAGAAUACAUUGCAGACUACCUCAUGCAGGAGCCAACACCACCCAUCGAGCUGUACCACCUGACUGAAGCUCCCUCUGAAGAAGCUCCAGGCACACCGUCACGUAAACGUAAAGCAGCAGCAGAGACCUCCAGGCUGAAAAAGAGCCGUGUGAACUGAAGUGCAAGUCUUAAAUAUUUUCAACAAUGUGAAAAUGAUUGUAAAAAAAAAAAUCCCUAUUUUUUAUGACCUGUAUGAAAAUAAAAUAAAUGUAGCACCUGUAUUGUAAUACUGCAUUUUUCAUAGAGCGCCCUGCAGCUGCUGCUUGCACCGUGAGACUCGGCUUGUGAUGGAUGAGUUAAUGAACGUCUGCAGAAAAUGUUGAGUCACGUUUUGUAAUUGCAUGCGAUACUACUCUCUGGCCUGUAGAGGGCAGUAGUGUGUAAUUGCAUGCCUCAGGUCUGAUUUCUCAGCAGCCGAAUGUAAACUCAAGUCUCCCAAGUGCUGUUUUAACUUCUAUAUAUUUAAUAACUUUACUUAUUGUUUACGUUUUUUAGAAGUGUUUCACCCAAGCCUUCUAUGAUUUUUUUUUUCAAAUGUCCUGUUAUAAUUGUGUAUUGUUAACUUUCUUUUGCAAAAUAAAACCUGCCUGUGUAUUUAUUGAGAAAUCAUCCUGCCUAAAGCAGGUUAUUAACUUAGAGUCUCUGGCAGAUUUGGUCAAAUUGACAUGUUUCUUGCCCUUCCGCUGAUUAUAGCCCAUUUGCAUCAUCUGUCGAUCACCCCCCUCCAGUCCAGUAAACACCAGAUUUUGUUUAAUCUGUUCCUGUAGGCCUCUGGUGCACUGAUGUGUUGCUUCAUACCAGGGUGCCAGCUGAGGUUCGAGGCCUCUGUUCUCUCCUAUAAGAUGGUUAAGUGGUUUAACCUCGUAAUAGAUGGACCAGCUGACUGCCUCCGCACAGAUUCAGUAUUUAGAAGUGUGGGAUUAGAGGAGGAAUCUUUACAGGGAAUGUGGAGGGAAACAUGACUCAGAUCCCAGAGGGCAGCCUAAGGUCGCUCACAAAGUUUGGCAAGUUUCAAAUUUUACAACCAGCAAAUUUUAAAAUUUUAAUGGCAACAACCAAACCAUAUUUAAUUAAAUUGCAUAUUAUAGGGCAAAAGUCCCAUUCUUGCACACUGAACAUGCCUGUGAGGUGUGAACAAGUUCAUCCUUGACUUGCGGAUUGUUAAAGUUACUUAUUUUUAAAGGUGUGAAAAUGUAGUAUUUCUGAAAGAAAAAAAAUACUGGAGAUGGAGUCUGCAGUCUUGUGUUCCCCAGUGAGAGCCACUGAACUGCAGUAAACUUGCAUUUUAACCUGUAACACAGUUUUUCCUACAGGCAAGGGUGAAAUUAUGGCAUAACUUGUAUUGCUAUUAUCUAUAUGCUAGCAUAGCCAUAUCAUAGAGAAUGUGACUCAGAUAUCAGAUGUAUGGAAGAUGAAGACUGCCAAAGUAACAUGUAAAAAAACAACUAAAUAAUAAAAAAAUGACAAAGCUUAAUUAUAAUGUAUGAGGAAGGGAUGUAUAAUGUAGCUUUGCACUGAUGUUUAACAACUAAUAACAUAAAUGAAUACAAAAGUUUCAUUAAAAAAACAAUGAUAAACAUAAGCUGGCAAAAGAGCAACAAUAAAGGGGGAAAAAAAAUUAAAUGUAGAAGCACAUAUAUAAAUUAUGUACUGCCUACAACUUUUUUUAAUAUUGCAUUUUCAUGUUUUGAGUCUUAAGUUAGUUUUGUGAACAUGCAAGCUGGGGGAAAAUGCCAGUGGAAGUUGAAAUAUCAGGUUAUUAUUUCAAAAUUUCAAUAUUUUCAUACAAUUUUAACCUACUUCUACUUGGGAAUCGAUCAAUUAAUAAAUAAAUAAAUGAAAAAAACAAUCAGCGUGGGAACAAGCUUCCAUAGCCCUCCAUAGAUGGGGAGCCAGUAUAAGUCCUGCACUGAAUCACACUUUCAGCAGUGAUGGGAAACAUUUCAGUGCUUAUUUAUUAGUUUUAUGUAUUGUAU